AUGGACGUACCUAGCCUACAGAGACUAUUUUCAGCAUGCGAUGUCAACAAAUCGGGCGACAUCGAAUAUGAGGACUUCACCGUAGUGUGCCGAGAACUUCACGUACCCGAAAACGAGAUUAAAACUUUGUUUAACAAGUUCGACGCGGACAGAGAUGGAUAUAUAAACUACACCAGCUUCUCAUCCAAGUUCCAAGAGGUGUCGGAAACGUUGGACCUGUCCUCGUUCGCCGCCGUCGAGUCGUCCCACGGUCAGAUCUGUCCCUGGGACGAAUUCCUGGACAGGAACGAUGCGAUCCCGCUGCUCUCUGAAAGCCUGAGGACCAAGCUGUCGGGGUUGUAUCAGGCUAUAGUGGACUCCUCUAACAGCCCUCUGCUGACGCACUACGAGGUGGUCAUCAACUCUCUGAUCAGCGAGAGCAUCGACCACAAGAUGGAAACUACACAGCUGGAGACCAGCCUCAAACGCACAGAGGACAUGAACACAAGUCAGCUGGAAGAGCUUGAGGAAGAUCUCCAGAAGCAACUUGCUGCGGUGGAACUGCGUGUCAGAGACCAGGAGCACAAGAAGAUGGAGGAAAUGGUUGCCUCAAUGCAGAGGAGGCACGACAACCAGGUGGCAGAUCUCCAUGCCAGUCUGGAGAGACUAAAGAAGAGCCAAGAGGACUCCAAACUUGACCGCACGAAGGACGAUGUGACCCGGCUGGAGAGGAACGUCUUUGAGCUCACACAGGAAAACGAGCGGCUGCAAAGCUCUCUGCUGGCGGCUCAGACGGACGUCUCCGUUCUGCAUGUGGAGCUGGACAAGCUGAAGAACAUGUACACAGACCAGGGGCUGCAGCACCACAGAGAACAAGAUGACCUGAAGAGGAUGGUUGAGGAGUAUCAGUCUUACACAAAUCAAAUCCAGGCUCUGCAGGAGACGAACAAAAAGCUGUACGACAGUAAUGACGGUCUUCGCUCGGCGUUGGCCAAUGAGGCGGCGGUGGCGACCAAGAGGAGGCUAUCACCCAAAAAUGAAAUCCCUGCCAGACGAAUGAAGCCCAUUCGACAAAGCACAAUCAAUCAUGGCAGCGCAGAUCAGAGCCAACCCGGAGCGCCCCCGUACCAGCACGUGGCCCGCUGGGCCGAUAAGUACCUGGACAGCGGCGUGGCCAUGCCCGAGGACGCGGCGGAGCCCGAGGACCUGGUGGAGCCCGAGGACAGCGACGGGGACAGCGACGACUCCAUGGAGACGGUGCACCACAGCUACUCCUACAUCCAGUCCGACAUGGAGAUAUCAGAGGUGAAAUCUGAAGCUGCGAUGUCCAUCCCUCCGUCCCUGGGCUCGUCCUCUCUCGCCCUGUCCCUACGGAGACGCCUGUCCGCCUUCUCCACCAAGCCGGACGUUCUGGAGGAAGAGGGGCCGUCUCCAAUCUACCGCCUGGUUCUUGCUGGAGACGCAGGGUCCGGGAAGUCGAGCUUCCUGAUGCGCCUCACGCUUAACGAGUUCAGAACCGACAUGCAGACCACGCUGGGGGUGGACUUCCAGAUGAAGAAGCUGCUGGUGGAUGGAGAGAAGACAACCCUGCAGAUAUGGGACACGGCCGGCCAGGAGAGGUUCCGCUGCAUCGCCCGCUCCUACUUCAGGAAGGCCAACGGCGUUCUGCUGCUCUACGACGUGACGUCUGAGAGCAGCUUCCUGAACGUCCGGGCCUGGAUGGAGCAGAUCCAGGACUCCACGGAGGGGCAGAUCCCAAUGUGCAUCAUCGGCAACAAGGUGGACCUCCGGGAGGAGCGCCCAGUGGGCUGCGUGAGCACCGCCCACGGAGAGAAGCUGGCCAGCGUGUACGGGGCCUUGUUCUGUGAAACCAGCGCCAAAGAGGGAACCAACGUAGUUGAGGCGGUGCUACAUUUGGCGAGAGAAGUGAAGAAAACGAUCGUAGUGAGGGAUCAGUCGGAGUCGGAAGUGCGACUGAGUUCGAGCAGUCCCAAGAGGACUCUGACUGAAUGCUGUUAGUGUGGGCGCCGUUGUUUACUUUCCUGGGUGAAGCCAUGGAAAGAGAACCAUUCUACCCCCUUUUUACCUCCAUUUCAUUAUUAUUGCCUAUAUUUUAGUGUUUUAAAUCGUUAAAAGUGAUAUUAAAGAACUGAUUCUAAAGCUAAUAUAUUUUAUACAACCAUUAAUGAUUUGUCUCUGUAGAUAAUGUGAAACGUAUCUGUAGUUUUGUCCUUAUUUAAUGGAAUAUAUACAUAUAUAUUUUUGUGCAUUGUAUUUUAUAAACAUUUGCUUCUUCAAUUACUUUUGAUAUUGUCUGAUUGGGUUUGAUAGUUUGUUAAACAGGAACAUAAAUUGCUGGUAAGAAAAAUCAUGGGAUGCAUGUUUUCUUUCGGUUUUUAUUAAGCAUAUUGAGCUAAUUUAUUUUGUAUUGACAGUGUUUUAGGGCAUGGAUGUUACACGUGUCCAGGCAGAAGGAUGAUCUUUGGCAUCAUGUCAGCUACAAUGCAAUGCCGGGGGAUAGAUUCAUUUAAUUCAGCUGUUUAUAGUUAGCGCUUAAAAAAACAUGGAUCUACAUUAUAAAUAACUCUUCUGCUUUAUGAGCUCAUUAACAUGACUGUAAUAUUUACAGAUAUAACACUUUCAUUUUCAGUUGGAACGCAAUGCAAUGUUAGGCAUACUGCUGUCUGUCACCAGAACCUAUUAAAGAACAAUACUGGAAAAGAA